AAACAGGUGUCGCGCAAUACGCAUCAAAGUGGUUUAACACUGAAUAAUCAUGAAGAUGUUGGUCAAGAAGUGAGAAAUGAAUGUGAAGAAGUAUUUAAUUCAAUAAAAAAAACGUUUAUACAAAACAAAAAAAAAGCGCUUGUUGCUCUUGUUUUUAUUGUCCUCAUUUUCAUCAUUGCUUGUGUUACCGGUACGCUUAAUAAUUGUCAUGGUAAAAACGUAGACAGUUGUAAAGUUGAUGGAGGAUUUUCACAGUGGAGUGCUUACUCUACAUGUUCAGUAACUUGUGGAAAUGGUUUACAAAAAAGAGAAAGAACUUGUACAAAUCCAGUUCCUAGUGGAGGCGGUAAAGACUGCGUUGGCAACUUAUCGGAAACAAUUAAAUGUAACCUAGAUAAAUGCAUUGGAUUAACAUUAGGAUUUAGUUUGCAAUGGAAUUUGUUAAAACGUGUAGCUUGUUUUCAACCCAAAGGUGAUUUUCCAGCACAAAUUCAAAUUAAUCAAUACGGUGUAUUAAUUGGAAUAAAGAUGAUGCAUUUAUAUGGAGGAACAAAAUGUUAUAACUCGUCUAUGGGCAGCAGGUUUGGUUGUUUCAAUGAUCAAAGCUAUUUUAAUCUUGUUGUUACUGACAAUAACAAAGUUAUUCUUUUUCCAUCUCCAAAUCAAGAGGUUACGUAUAUCGACGGGUCUAAAAACUAUCAGUAUCCUGGUUUUCUACCAACCGAUAAAGAAGUUGUUUUUAUUAACUUUGAAUAUCCAACCUACUUUAAAGUAGGUGAUUACAUCUCAAUAUGGAACUUCGAAGAUUUUAAUAACUUUAAUGAGGAAGAUAACUCUGGAGAGGUUUGUGUUAAUGUAUAUGGUGCAUUUAACUAAGUAAAUUAGUUGUUUUUA